AUGAUUCAAACACAAUGGUUCGGUCGGGGCAGAAAACUUCGCAUCGCUAUUACGGUGGCAUGCCAAAUGGCGUUCGUUCUCUUUGGAUACGAUCAAGGAGUCUUCAGCGGCAUCGUGGGCAACGAAGAUUUCCUCAAUACAGUCGGAGCGGCAUUACAAACAAGCGCCUUCACGGUACCUCACAUCAUGAUCGCGCGAUUCAUCACCGGCAUCGGCACAGGCAUCGAAACAAGCACGGUACCCAUGUACCAAUCCGAGCUCUGCGAAGCGUCCAAGCGCGGGCGGCUGGUCUCUUCUGAGCCUCUCUUCGUGGGUGUCGGCAUCGAAAUCGCGUACUGGUUUGACUACGGCAUGAGCUUCGUUCCAGGAUCUAUUGCAUGGCGACUUCCGAUCGCGUGCCAGAUGCUGUUCGCCUUCGUCGUCAUCGUGAUGGUGUUUGGCCUCCCCGAAUCUCCUCGAUACUUGUAUGCUCAUGGAAAAGAGGAGGAAGCCCUGGCAGUACUUUGCAAGGUCUACGACAGACCUCCUGAAGACUCAAAGAUAGCCAAGGAACAUGGUGAGAUUCUGGAAGCCCUCAAGAUGGAACGGGAGCAUGGCGAGUACCGCUGGUCCAACCUUCUGAAGAGGGAUGAAGUCCAGACGGGAAGGAGGGUUCUUCUCGCAUAUGGCAUGCAAUUUAUGAACCAAAUGGGCGGCAUCAACCUGGUCGUUUAUUACAUCACUUCUGUCUUGCAACUCAACGUCGGGCUCUCUCGGCAAUUGUCUUUGCUCUUAGGUGGAGUCAUCAACGCCAUGUUCUUCUUCGGCUCCCUUUUCCCAACAUUCUUCUUGGACAAGUAUGGCCGUCGGAAGCCGAUGAUGUGGGGCUCUUUUGGACUCGGUAUCUCAAUGAUGAUGAUUUCAAUCCUGCUCAGCUUCCAGAGCAGAGGUGGCGACCUGGCAAAGGCGACAUCCUCCGCCAGCGUAACCUUCUUCUUCACUUACAUGCUCAUUUUUGGAGCCACCGCCAACUGUAUUCCGUGGGUAUAUGUGCCUGAGGUUCUGCCAUUACACGUGAGAGCUAAAGGAACCGCGGUUGGGAUCUCGUCGAACUGGCUCUGGAACUUCUUUGUUGUCAUGGUCACUCCAACUCUUCUCAAUAACUUGGCGUGGAAGGGCUACCUGAUCUUCAUGGCUCUUAACUUUGCAUUCGUCCCACUUGUAUAUUUCUGCUACCCCGAGACCAGCAAUCUCACUUUGGAGGAGAUCGAUUGGCUGUUUCUGGAGAAGAAUGCAGUCAAAACCAGUAAGAGGGUUCAGAAGCACGGCUGGGGUGGCGAUAAUCCAUGGCAGAGAAGAGAGAGCCGGAUGCAAAUCCAGGAGAAGGGUGAGGGAAACGGGAACGGGGAAACUGAGCAUCUGGCAUAA